GUCCUGCCUUCUGUCUGCCGGUGCAGGUUAAGUUGCUGCACCAUUGACGCGUGCAGUGAUUAUUUUGUAAUUUUUAAGUCGAGGAACUUGAUUCAACAACCUUAACACCUGCGAAUUAAAAGUAAAACAAAGCCCUCAAAAUGUAUGAAGACUACGGAGAGGACAACUAUGAUAAUAAUUAUGGAAGGUACGGAGAUUACGAACCUCACACUGGGGAUCCUAAUGCAGACUUGAAAUAUGAACAAAUGUGCAAAGUGCCAGAUGUUGUGAAGAAGUUCUUAGUAUACUUCAGAAAUGUUAUCAACGAUGGUCUUGUGUUCGAAAUUCAAAACCUCUAUGAAAAUACGUUCCCCAAACUCACUGAGCAGUAUUUCAAUAACAGUUCCUGGCCAGCACCCAAGGACAUUUCAGAUUUUGUGGAAGCAGAUAGUGUUUUCUUGAUUCUGUAUCAAGAGCUUUACUUCAGACACAUUUACGCCCAAGGAAGUCCCAACAUAGAACAGAGAUUAGGAUCAUUUUACAACUACUGCAAUUUGUUUAACUAUAUACUGAGUGCUGAUGAGCCUGUACCACUUGAGCUGCCUGAUCAAUGGCUGUGGGAACUGGUGGAUGAAUUUGUGUACCAAUUCCAGUCCUACUCUCAGUACAGGGCAAGGCUCAAUAAAAUCCCAAAUGAAGAUCUGGAAGUGGUGAAUCAGCACAACAAAGUGUGGAAUGUGUUGUGUGUCCUGAACGUCUUGCACUCCUUGGUGGAUAAAAGCAACAUUAAAAUGCAGUUGGAGGUGUAUGCCAGCGGAGGUGACCCAGACUCAGUUGCAGGAAAGUUUGGUUCCCACUCUCUGUACAAAAUGUUGGGAUACUACAGUUUGGUGGGUCUCUUGCGCCUCCAUUCUCUCCUUGGUGAUUACUACCAAGCUAUUAAAGUUCUGGAAAACAUAGAAUUGAACAAGAAGAAUCAAUAUUCUCAAGUACCUGCAUGCCAGAUCUCGAUGUCAUACUACGUUGGGUUUGCCUAUAUGAUGAUGCGCCGUUAUGCAGAUGCAAUUCGUACCUUCAGCUCUAUUCUGCUGUAUAUUCAGAGAACCAAACAACUCUUUGCCACAAGGACAUAUCAGAAUGAUCAGAUUAACAAGCAGACUGAUCAGAUGUACCACCUUUUGGCCAUUUGCCUUGUGCUACACCCUCAGUGUGUAGAUGAAUCCAUUCAGCAAGUGCUAAGAGAAAAGAACUACACAGAAAAGAUGUAUAAGAUGCAGUAUGGAGAUUUACAGGAGUUUGAACAGUGCUUUGUCUUUGCUUGCCCAAAGUUUUUGCUACCUUCACCUCCCCCUGCUGAUGCUCCUCCAGAUGAUUAUAUGAAAGAUGCCAUGAAGCAUCAAACUCAAGUCUUCAUGGAUGAAGUCAAGCAACAGAAAAUGCUUCCCACAAUUAGAAGUUACCUCAAACUGUACACCACUCUGCCACUUUCAAAAUUGGCCACAUUUAUGAGCCAAGGUAAAAGCUCUGGUGACAGCUCAAAGUGGGACUUAAACAAAGAGAUGCUUGCUCUGGGUAUCCAUUUACUCUGCUUCAAGCACAAGAUGAAGAAUGUAGUGUGGACUAAAGGAGCUUCAGGUUUGGAUGGCAAGUUCCAGUCAGGUUCUGAGCUUGACUUCUACAUUGAUAAUGAGAUGAUUCACAUUGCUGAUACUAAAGUUGCUCACCGCUAUGGUGACUUUUUCAUCCGUAAGGUCAUGAAAUUUGAAGAGUUAAACAGAAAACUUCACAACACCCAGGUGUAACUGUGUACAUGUAUUUGUUAAAAGCUUUAUCAUGAUUAAAACCACCUUAUACAACAUAAA